AUGCUGGAGACGACGGCCGCUUCUUUCUCCUUCAGUUGCCACCACUUGAUUCUCGCUGACCCAUACCUUUCUGCUAGUUUCGAUUUCAGCGGAGGCGAUCUGCAACGUCCAAAUCAGUGGACGGUGUUGUGUUGCGACUUUUUCAUAGGGAACUGUCUUCGCGUCUGUUACGAGCACUUGAUCGCGAUGCCUGACAAGGACAAAAUCAAUUUGUGUUCUGUUCUCACCGCUGUAGAUGAUGAGGUGAGAGCCACGUUUCCGAAAUCUCGUGUUUACAAUGGCGAGAUUAUGCGAGUCUGCAUAUUCGAGAAUUUGCUCGUCAUCAGUGUUACGUGA